AUGCCCGAGACAAUGAACUCAUCAUUGUCUAGAGACGGAAAAAUUUAUUUAGUUUCCAAGAAAACUCUUCAAUUGUAUGAUACGUGGAAAGAUAAUAGUGUCAGCAGAAGAACAGUUUUCAUCGUACACGGUUUUGCGUCAAGUGCGGACGAACCGUGGGUUAAAAAUUUAACGGCAGCGUUUCUCAAACGGGAAGAUGUCAAUGCUAUCGCGGUUGAUUGGAAAAAUGGCGCCUCGUUUAUUCGCGGGUACACGAUAUCAGCUCGCAACACUCGAUCGACCGGAAAAGAAAUCUCAGAAUUUGUCAGUCGAAUAGUCGACGCCGCCUGGAAACCCAAUAGUACCGUCGCUUGGGGUCCAAUGUACCUAGUUGGGCACAGUAUAGGUGCCCACGUGUCAGCCUUCGCGGCCAAUGAGAUACAGAAAAAUAACGGCCCGUGGGAUGUAACGAGGAUCACUGGUUUGGAUCCUGCAGGUCCUUGUUUCGAUAAAGUGGGCGAGGAUAUGCGUUUGGACUCAUCGGAUGCACCGUUCGUCGACGUCAUUCAUACCAACAUGGCUACAAGAGCCACGGUAGGCUUCGGCUUGAGUGACCAAAGCGGCCACAUGGAUUUCUAUGUAAACGGAGGUGCACGACAACCUGCUUGCCAAGAUCAAUGGAUGGACAUAUCAUGCGAUCACAGCAUGGCUUAUCGGUACUUUAUUGAUUCGCUCGGUUACCACGAUGGCGUUACUUGUUCAUUUUUUGCAUCUAAAUCCAACGGGAAUCGGUACUGGAGUUCGAUUUUCAAAGGACCAGAAGAUUGUAACGAAAAAGUCGAAAUGGGAAUAAAUGCGGAGAAGUACAAGAAUAAGUGUAGUGGCACAUUUGAUGUUGCAACAGGAAAAGCAUCGCCUUUUUGCGAACGUACCAAAAAGUGGUACGAGCAUUGGCAGAAUCCGUUAUACCAACUGUUAGGAAUGACGUCCAAGAUGUUCUGA